AUGGGCAUCGUCGAACUCCCCUCAGCAACGGUCAGGCAGCUCGGUGCGUCAUUAGACAUUGUGGAUCCGUUGGCACUCACAAAGGAGCUCCUGGAAAACUCAAUUGAUGCGGGCGCGACGCAUAUCAGUAUUCUGAUCUCGGCCAACACGGUCGACAAGAUACUCGUCCGCGAUAAUGGCUUUGGGAUCCCGCCAGCUGAUUUCGAUGCGCUUGGUCGGAGAUCUCAUACGAGCAAGUUGGAGACAAUCGACGAUCUCCAAAAGCGUGGGAUAAAGACCUUGGGUUUCAGGGGACAAGCUCUCGCAAGCGCUAACUCUAUCGCUGCUAUUACAAUCACGACACGAGCGCGUGGUGAUGCUAUGGCUUCCCAGCUCCGUUUGAAAUCUGGUGUCGGUGGGGUGGAGGGGAGGGAUGUCACGCCGGCACCAAUGGGAACCACAGUCAAGGCCGAAUUCCUGUUUGAAAAAAUGCCAAUCAGAAAACGUUAUGCCGUCAAGGAGAGCCAGAAGACGCUGUCGAAGAUCAAGGAGUUACUUCGAGCUUACGCCCUCGCUCGGCCAGAUAUCAAACUAUCUUUUAAAGUCCUCAACGACUCGAAGAAUGGAUGGGACUAUGCACCCUCUCGUAUAGCCACGCUGCAGGAUGCGGCGAUGCAGAUAUUUGGGAGGGACUUACUAAACCAGUGUACCUAUGUUGGGACGACGCGGGACUUCCCCAACGUAGAAUAUGAACUCAAUGUUGGCGAGGGUGUUGUGAUGGGCUUGCAGGCCUUUUUACCAAAGCCUGGAUUCGACCUUAAAAAAGCGAAAGCUAAGGGGAGGUUCUUUUCAGUCAAUUCGAGGCCAAUCACAUCCAAUCGCGGGAUAUCUUUGAGAUUCAUCUCUACCGUCAAGACCUUUCUCUCCGAAGCUAGCGGCGAUCACGCCGCCACAAGCCGUGUUUCGAUUCCGUUCAUCCAACUAAACAUCCAAUGUGACCCAGAUCGUUAUGAUGUGAAUGUAACACCUCUUAAAGACGAGCUACUCUUUGCAGAGGAAGAAAAAGUUAUGAGAUGUUUCGAGGCCCUUUGUCGCAAAACUUAUCAGCAGUCAGCUCAGGAGGCGCAUCAGCCGGAGGAUAAUCCAAGACAAGGUGUUGAUUUCUCGGGAAUGCUUCAAGGUGUCGGCAAGCACCCUACGCCGGAUACUUCGCCCCUGGGAAAGGAUACUAGCCUCUCUAUGUACAACAAGAUGAACAGGCAAAACGAGAGCCUGCAAAUUGGACAAUCUCUACCGAACAAGAAGGCAAGCAACUCGGAUGUUCAAGAGGGGACAGGCGAAUCCACUUCGUAUGCCCCAAUGCGAACGGGAUUUGGAGUUAAUCUUGAUCGCACCCAGAGCAACGGUACUGAUAAGGUCAGCAGCAGUGAUGAAGUCAUGAUUCAGAUUCCCCUGAGGCCAUUGCUGCCGAACAAAUGCGUAUCGACAAAGGGAAAGCCGAAGGCUUCCGCGUCCCUACCUGGCCAAGCACUUUCCAUGGGAGAUAUCCAUCGAUAUUUCAAGCCCACAAAUCAGUAUGAUUUUGAGAUUGCUACUGACGAUACUGCAACUGAAACAAACCAAUCAGCCGCUCCGCCAUCCCCACAGCCUAUGUCAUCGGAACGAAUUGGAGAUCGUCGACUGCCCCUGCAACCAGUCCGAGAGGGAAGGUUGAAUAUUCUCAAUAAUGAAAACGGGGAUACCUCGAGGCUUGAUCAUGACAACGGGUCCGAGGCAUAG